AUGGCUACUGCAGCACCUCCGUUCCACUACGGGACGAGAGUCUUCUUGGACUGUACGGACCUCUCAGCACAUAAACUGGAAUGGGAACAACGGCUUUCCUGCCGUGUCUCCGAGCGGAGGCUAUCGCCUCGCGACGCAGUCUGGAACCUGACACCGGCGUCAGAGAGCUUGAAACGCCCGGACGAAGGGCAAGUGCCGUCUGGUUCAUUGGAACUUGAGCGGCUUAUACAAGCGAGAGUACCGAGUGUUGGAUUCCUUGCCAGGGACCCUGAAGCAGUGAGCACGCUUCGACUCACAGCGCUUGAGGUUCCAAACUGUUUCCAAGGAACCGCCUCGAACUGGAAGCUUGCUCGGUUGGCUGCGCUUGAGAACCGCUAUGCGUCGAUAUGGCAGUCCGUCUCUAGCCAGUUUUUGCCCAAGAGAAGCACAUACUUCGCGCCAGCGCUGGUGCUCCAGCUGGACGUCUUGCCAGGCGCUUCUGCACUGCGUCCUCGCUUGCAAACCCGGUCACAGAAAGAGCAUAUCGAGGCAGCGCUGGCGUCGAAGCAGUGCUCUAUGAGUGCGCACACCGUGCACCCUCGCUUGGACGUAAGGCUACGGACGCCGCCAGCGAGUCGAGUCACCCCAUCGCCAAAGGCGGAGGCGGAACCGCUGCCUUCCCUCACACGAACGGAAUGCGAUACUCGCGUUGCUGCGACGGACAACAACAACAACAACAGCAGCAGCAGCAGCGCUUCCGUGUUGCAUGCUGGUGGUGUACACGACUCAGCAUCACCUUUCCUAGAGAGCACCAGCAGCGCUUCCGUGUUGCGUGCUGGUGGUGCACACCACUCAGCAGCACCUUUCCUAGAGAAAGCCGCACACAUGCCGGCGAGCAGCGUGCUAGCGCAACAAACGGAUACCGCUGUUGCCGAGAGAACCUCAUCACCCGGACAUGUAUGCAUUCAUUUUGCCGUUCAGUGUGACGACAGCGUGCUACAACAAAUGGAAGCCGCUGCGAAUCACUUGAGUCUUUGCAUGACAGGCAACAUGAUGGAGUUGGGAAGCUGGAAUCUGAACGUCGCUCGUAAGCUGGAAUUCUCUGUUCAGCGACGCACAUUUUACCUGACUGUAGCGCUGUUUUCGACGGGCGCACUCACCAGCGAAUCCAUUCGCUACGUAUAUUUCUUUCUCGACGACCGUUUAGGUGAUCGACGCGCAACACGAGUAAUAUUUGAAGUGCCUGCAUACAGCGUGCAACGCACAGGCGCAGCCUCUAUCACCACAGCUGAAUCGAUACUGCGACACUCCUCAACGGAUAACGCAUGGUUGGAUGCUUUUCGUCCUCGAGUUCGCUCGGUCUCGCGUUCGAGUGCUUCCAAACCGGUUCGAGUUCACGACUACAUUGAAGCAGUGCAAGAUGCUUUUACGUUGAUCAAGUUGCGCGUGCAUAUCGAAAGGCCAGUGGCUCCUGCUCAACCCGAGCAUUUGAUCAAGAAAGUCUACGCCACCGGCGACGUGUAUCAACUGGGGCUAUGGACGCAACCAGGUCUUGUGGCCUUACAGCGUGCGGCCUCGGAGCCCGAUACCUGGGAACUCAGCAUUGUCCGACCGCCGUGGGAUGACGUGGAAUAUAUCUACGCAAUAGAAUCGGAAGCAGAAGACGCUAUUCAGUACGAACAUCGACCGACACGAUUUCGACGUUUGUGCGAUGAAACCACUUGUCUGAAUCACACGAUGGUAUGCGAGGAUAUCGUUUCGCCGCCGAGUACGGCAACAACGCCAACCUUGAUCAGCUUAUCGGUGAAUCCUGCAGUGCUUGUGGGCCCCUUCCUCUCUGCGACACAGCUCCAAACGACGCUCGUUUCACUCGUAGCCGCGUCUACCGACCGGUCACUCGGACUCGUGAUCGUUUUUCUACCACACGAACGUGUCCACUGUACAAACCCAGCGGAGCGGGAACAGCUCCAAGUAAGUGCGACGCGCCUGGGCAUUCGUCUGCUUCUGGUGCCAUUGCCCAGCAAUCGCCUCUUGAUGACAGCAGAAUGGCCCGAUGACGGGUCACUUGCCGCAGAAACGGGUACAGAUCAAGGUGCGCUUUUGAAAGCUGUGGCGACAGCAGAAGCGGUGCUGCAGCGAGGAAGCGCUGUCUAUUUCACAAGCGCUGGAAGCUAUCGUGUGCUGGCCACUGUUCUUGCCGUGCUUUCACAACGAGCGGUUUCUACGGAUCGGGAGGCCCCGCGAGAGCGGCUUUACGAGAUGCUUGAAUGCAUUCGCCGCGAGACCGGGCUCAUUGGUCUGCCGAACUAUGCGCUGUGGCGUCUCCUGCUGAAUGUUGCUCCCUAG